UUGCUUAUCGGAGAAAUGUGAGCUACAACUUUGUUAAAUUAUGAGGAUGCAUCUCAUUUUAAAUUAUGAGUUUAAAAACGACAAUCUUUAGGGUUUUUUCUGACCUUUACUUUGAAGGUGUAGCGGACGCACAUCCGUGUUUGACACAGACACGGAUGUCUGUUUUAAUAGACGGCUGCUCGGUUGGAAGGCGGGGUUCACAGUAGGAUAAAUUCUUGUUUGGAACUGCGGUGGAGUCACUAGUAGGUGUAACUUUCUCCAGAGUAAGAGCUCUCUUCGUGGACUUUGAGGGUUAACUACUUGAGUUGUCGUUUGAACGGCAGCGAAAAAGCGGACUAAUACCAGCUGCAAUUUCACCUGCGGGACAAGUCUAAUCGAAGCCCCUCGGGUUAGGUGUUGCAAGUAUCAAAAUGAAGCACAUGUCCUUAUUGUGCCUCUGUGCAUUGGUGGCCUUGUGCAGCCAUAAGGGGGUGCUGUCCCAAGCACCAUCUUAUGGUGAAAGGGGCUCUGAUCUCGGCAUCCAGGUGUUUCAGCAAGUAGUUCAUGCCAAGCCCCUGGAAAAUGUGGUGCUCUCGCCUCAUGGGGUGGCUUCAAUCCUUGGCAUGCUGUUAUCUGGAGCCCACGGGGACACGAGGAAGCAAAUCCUUAAUGCUCUCCGUUACAAGAAAAAUGGUCCUUACAAGAUGUUGAAGAAGCUGCAUAAGAACUUGACGGGCAAAGCCAACCAGGACAUCGUGCUGAUCGCAAAUGCUAUGUUCAGCCAGAAGGAUUUCCCCAUGCAGGAGGCUUUUGUGACUUCCAACAAAGAGAACUUCCAGUGUCAGAGCAGGAGCCUGGACUUCAGCAGCCCUGAUGCAGCAGCCGAUGAAAUUAAUGAGUGGGUCAACAAUAAAACCAAAGGUCACAUCCCCAGCUUGAUCAAAGCAGACAUGCUGGAUCCUGCUCUGACCCGUCUGGUCGUUGUCAACUCCAUCUACUUCAAAGGCUUGUGGAAGUCUCGCUUCCAGCCUGAGAACACCAAGAUAAGGACCUUCACCCGGGGCGAUGGAGUCGAUAUUAAAGUUCCAAUGAUGUCGCAGCUAUCAAUCUUUAACAUAGGCCUAGCCUCCACACCCCAGGGGCUCAAAUACAAGGUAAUUGAGCUUCCUUAUCAUGGCAACACCAUCAGCAUGCUAAUCGUUCUCCCGUCUGAAGAGGACACCCCUCUGUCUCGUGUCAUUCCCCACAUCAGCACAGCCACAGUGCAGAGCUGGACCAAACUGAUGCACAUGAGGAAAGUCCGCCUGCUCAUCCCAAAGUUUACGGCUGAUGCAGAGGUGGAUUUGAAGGAUCCACUUUCAGCUCUGGGAAUCACGAACAUUUUCAGUGAGGGCAAAGCUGACUUCAGACAUCUCAGUUCGGAGCCUGUGUAUGUAUCCAAGGCACUCCAGAAAGCCAAAAUAAUCGUGAAUGAAGAUGGAACAAAAGCAGCAGCAGCCACUACUGCUAUUUUGUUGGCCCGUUCCUCUCCACCCUGGGUUACAGUUGACAGACCUUUUGCGUUCCUCAUCAGACAUAACCCGACAGGUACCGUCCUCUUCAUGGGCCAGAUCAACGAGCCUUGAGCCCAGCCCCAUCAUCAACCAUAGCAUCAUUUAUCACAACAGGAUACGCUUAUACACUGCCAUGUAUCAGAAUACAAAGUAAACAUAAACACACCCCUACAUAUACAGAGCACACUUUGCUGAACAUGUUUGUACAAUGUGGAUAUAUGAUGUGAUUUGUUUUAAAUGUUGCUUUUUAUGUUACUUAUUUUCUGUAUUGCAUAACAUGCUGUAUAAAAUGUAUUUUGCUGACUAAAUUUUCCAGUUUUAAUUUUUUUGUAUCCUUUUUUUGAAUUAAUGACAUUUUUAAAAGACUUUGAAUGUCAGUUGUGUAUUUUCUCUUCUCUGGAGUAGGAUAAUCAGUUUAUUUAUCAUGUCAGUGUUUCCGUUUCGUGUUGUAACUCCAGUCUGUAUUACGUUUCACUCGUAAGUUACGGCAAUAUUCAUGCCGUUGCAACGGUUUUGCAUUUGAAAUUAUUCUUUCCCUCAGAGAGAAAGUCUUCUUCAAACUUUUGGGGUGAGGUGAAGGAAUAAAUACACAUUCAUAACAUGA